AUGUCCGCGGACGGGGAGCUGUGGCUCUGGGGCCGCAACGACUUCGGGCAGCUGGGGCUCGGGGAAGAGGCCAUGGGCGACAUGUACUCCGCCGAGAGCUUCCCCAGGCUGCUGAGAAGCCUCCCCGCAGAGGGGCACAAAAUCCUGGACUUCGCUUGUGGAAGCAACCACGUGGUCGUCUUCACGGACCAGGGCGCAAUCUACGAGUGGGGCAACAGGACCUUGACAUGGCUGGAACCCCACGCCAUCUCGCUGCCAGAGGAGCAUCGCGAGGCCUUGAAGGACGACGUGGAGCAGCUCGCCGCUGGCGACAAGUUCUCCCUGGCGCGCACUGGCUGCGGCCGGGUCUUCGCCUGGGGUGCCAAGUCCAGCGGCUGCCUCGUGCAGGGCCCCAGCGGGCCGAAGAACGUGGUCGAGCCCACGCCGGUGGCCUCCACCGAGUUCGGCAAGCAGAAGGUCGUGGAGCUGGCGGCGUCGAAGAACCGCUGCCUUGCGAUCACGGACGAGGGCGAGCUCGUCGCGGCCGAGUGA